UUAAGUUUUUUUUAAUUAUUUCUUUCUUAAAAUUAGUUGUAGUUUCUCAAUAAGUUAGAUUAAAUGCAUAUGCCUUUACGAGAAUUAUAAACUCUGAAAUCCGAAUUGCCAUUGACAGUACGUCCUCAAACACAGUCGCCGUGCCUUUGUGAAUAAAUAACGGUUUAUAACAAGCAAUAUAUCAAAAAUACUUGGAUAUGUUAAAAAAAGAUGAUCAAACGAAUUUUCAAAAAAGCUUCCAGCAAAAUGCUUUCAAAAACAUAUUGGUUCGCUACAAGUCCGUGUUGGUUCUUUUACUUGUUUGUGGUUUUAAUUAUAAAGUGUUUCGCAUGUCUCCAAAAUGUAAAUUCAUCUUAAACAUCUAUUGCGCGAUACUUAUUAUUAUAACUGGUAUUUCAACGCUUUAUUGUUGCGAGAUAACGAGCAACACGAUGGUGAUCUGGCCUUUGAUUGAGUAUAUAUUAUCAGCUACUAUCCUUGUUUUCUAUGACAGUAAACUGACAAAAUUCGCUUUCGAAUUGUCACGAAUUGAUUCGUUUUUGAAAACUGAUCUAAAAUACUAUAGUAGGGGUAAAAUAGGAGUGUUCUUACUUAUAUUAACGCUGUGGUUAGUCAGGCUGAGUUUCAUGAUUAUCUUCUGUUUUCUAUACAGUUGUUUCAGUAACGUUAUUUUUUUCGUGUUAAGUGUGCUUUCUCUGCUCGCUUUGGACGUUAAUAGAAUAUGGAGAUUUUUACUCCUCGAGAUCGUGCGCUACCGAUUUCUUUUGCUUCGCCAAAAAAUUAAUGAAAUGAUAGAAAACAAUCCAAAAAUUUCUAUUAGUGAGCAGAUACAUUUUAAAAAGAAUAAAAUCAAACUAUGCAAUAAGUUAUACAAAAGUGUUUUGGACGUGAUCGAUAUAAUAUCUCCGGAACUAUCAGCGUCGAUGUUUGUGAGCAUUAUAUGUUCUUUACCGAAACUAAUAAGUAACGUGUACCACAUUUUAUUGGUGUUUGAGAAUCAUGAGCCGAUACAGUCGAUAGGAUUUGUUUUAAUCCACAUGUGUCACACGUGCUUUCUACUUUUCUCUCCCUGUGUUGUUGUGGAGUUGCAAUGUCUGGAAGUGGACAGAAUCCGCUUAAUAUUAGUUAACCAGCUACUUAUAGAAGAUGAUCCCAAAUUACGUGAUGAUCUGCAAUUGUUUAUACAAUACACUGAUGUCAGGAAAUAUCAAUUCAAGAUAUGGAGAUGUAUACCACUGAAUAUUUCGCUGCCGAUUGAAAUUGCUAAUAUUUGUGUGUCAUCAGUCAUAGUUGUUAUAAAUUUUACACAUUUAUACGAUUAA